AUGUCGAAUCUGGCCGGAGACGAUACGUGGCAGGCCGUUGAGCCUCAGGGGCUCGCAUUGGGGCUUUUAGUCACUACCGUCACGUUGGCGAUUCUGACAACCAUCGUCAUGGCCAUGCGCAUGUUCAUUCGAUUCAAGACGAACAAAAUCGGUUCUGACGACUGGGCUAUGUUGACAGGAUUCUCUGCCAACUUGGGCCAAUCCGCUGUUGCGAUCUACGGGUCUUUUACUGGCAUAGCGAGCAAAGAUGAGACCAUGAAUCGAGCGACGAGUAUAGAGGGCUACAAGACACUCUUGAUCUGGCAAGCUUUUUACGCUGGGAGCUUGUGCUUCAUCAAGUCCAGCAUCUGCAUCACCCUAAUGCGUAUCACAAAUCAGAAGGUCUAUCUCUGGAUCCUGAGAGGAUUGAUAGGCCUCUCCUUUUUGAUGAGCGGUUCCGGCCUAAUCGUCAUCUUGAAUCAAUGCCACCCUCUCGACAGGUACUGGGACAAGAGUAUACCGGGAACUUGCUGGCCACCAAUCGUGGCCACCGCGCUUUCGUACGGGGCAUCCGUUGCCAACGUCAUCACCGACUUCAGCGUUGCGGCAAUUCCGUUCUUUCUGCUUCGACAUGUGCAGAUGCGAUCCCGACUUAAGUUCUACGUGCGACUCAUUCUGGGACUGGGUCUCUUGUAA